AUGCAGAUGCUGCUGGUCUGGUCGCUGGCACUGCUGCUGGGAGCAGUAGCAGGAAGAGAAGUCUGCUAUGACAGACUCGGCUGCUUCAGUGAUGACUCCCCAUGGGGAGGGACCUUGAUAAGACCCCUGAAAAUGUUGCCCUGGGCUCCGAGAACUAUCAACACCCGCUUCCUCCUCUACACAAACGAGAAUCCAAACAGCUAUCAACAAAUCACUGCAGAUUCAUCAAGCAUCAGAAGUUCCAAUUUCAAAACAAAUAGAAAAACCCGCUUCAUCAUUCAUGGAUUCACAGACAAGGGAGAUGAAAACUGGCUGGCCAACAUGUGCAAGAACAUGAUCCAAGUGGAAAGUGUGAACUGCAUCUGUGUGGACUGGAAAGGUGGCUCCCGGACCGGAUACACCCAGGCCACCCAGAACAUCCGGGUUGUGGGGGCAGAAGUGGCCUACUUCAUCAAUACCCUUCAGUCUGAGGGACAUCAGGGAUUGUUUAUUCACCUAAUUGCNCAUAGUCUGGGUUCCCACGCUGCUGGGGAGGCUGGAAGGAGGACCAAUGGAGCAAUUGCACGAAUCACAGGGCUGGAUCCAGCAGAACCUUAUUUUCAGGAUACACCUGAAGUAGUUCGAUUGGACCCCAGUGAUGCCCAAUUUGUAGAUGUAAUUCACACAGAUUCUGCUCCCAUGGUUCCCAACAUGGGAUUAGGAAUGAGCCAAACCGUGGGUCACCUCGAUUUCUUUCCAAAUGGAGGAAAAGAAAUGCCCGGAUGUCAGAAGAAUGUUAUCUCUCAGAUUGUUGACAUAGAUGGGAUCUGGGAAGGAAGUCGUGACUUUGUGGCCUGUAAUCACUUAAGAAGCUACAAGUACUAUGCUGAUAGUAUUGUCAACCCCACCGGCUUUGCUGGAUUUUCUUGUGCCUCUUACAGUGAUUUCAAUGCAGUAAGUUGGCGGUACCAGGUAGCUGUCACACUUUCUGGAAAGAAAGUUACAGGACAUGUCUUAGUUUCCUUGUAUGGAAGUGGAGGAAACUCUAAGCAGUAUGAAGUUUACAAGGGCUACCUCCAACCAGGAAAGACUCAUACUAGUGAGUUUGAUUCUGAUGUGGAUGUUGGAGAUGUGCAGAAGGUUAAAUUUAUUUGGUAUAACAAUGUGAUCAACCCAACACUACCCAAAGUAGGAGCAUCUAGCAUCAGAGUGGAAAGAAACGAUGGAAGAGUGUUCAACUUCUGCAGUUCCGACACUGUGAGGGAGGAUGUUCUGCUGACCCUCACCCCGUGUUAGGAGGAGGCUGACAUAUGUCAUUGAACCUUACUGCUAAUAAAUUCUAGUGGUG